AAAUGACAUUCCCUACGGGACUUGUGUGGAAGGCAUGUAUGAUCCCCCUCACAGAUCAAUACCGAGUCACCCCCUGUCCACGCACACUGCCAACUUAAACCAUGGACCUAUACCGCAGUAUCCGUCGUACUCACCCAGUAACAAUAUGCCAGGGGUUGUGAAUUCCUCCCAGGACGGACAGCUUAAGCGAGACAAGGAUGCAAUUUACGGACAUCCCUUAUUUCCGCUCCUAGCUCUUAUAUUUGAGAAAUGUGAACUCGCCACCUGUACACCGCGGGAACCAGGUGUCGCUGGGGGCGAUGUCUGCUCGUCAGAAUCCUUCAAUGAAGAUAUAGCUGUUUUCUCGAAACAGGUCUUACCUUUGGCACACCUUUAA